AUGUCCGGCAGAGCUCUUGGUGGCGGCGUCGGCCUCAACCCCAAUUCUGACGCCGUUCUGGAUCCGGCUGCCAAUGCAUUCCAGACAUCUCUGUUCAGGCCCACGCGCGCCGUCUACCCACCUCCGCCCGGCCAGCCCGACCCUGACGACCUGAUUCGCGACAUCCCCUUCCAGGAGUCGGCAUUCUCGGACUUCCAGAGCGUCCCUUUCGCGCAGGUAAUACAUAUGUACACCCCUAGGAACUCUUUUGCCUCCGCUAACUACUUGCUGCAGCCACCCAAGCGAGACGUCCCCUCGAUCGUGAUCGCUUACCUGUCCGUCCCGCAGACCCAGGGCCCUGAACCUGAUUGGGUGCAGUUGAUGGAUCACUUCAGGCAGGACAGGUGCCUUGAUGGCCCGGGGAACUGCCAGGACCUCUACGUCUUCGUGACGCGGAUCGUCAUCCCAAACGUUAUCAUCGAGAACCGACGCCUGCUCCAUGAGCUCUACAUGGCGAAGCGGACGCUAUCGGCAAACGUGCGCUUUCGGUACGACUACUGGCACACCCACGACGCCACCUACGCCCCUCCCUCCGCCGAACCCCUAAACGCCUUCCAGACCCGUCCCAACCGCCCCGUCCUGCGCUCGGUCCCAACGCCCUCCGGCCAGAACUUCAAGCAGUGGCUUGCCCAACCCUUGAACACGCCCGUUCACAAGCAGCCCUGCCCUGGCCAACUUAUGCACCGCCCCUGUGCUCUGGACGGCUACUUGAACGAGGACGAGGGAUCCGUUCGUCGUAUCAAGCCUGAGGCGCUGCUCCAGCGUACGGGCAAGGUACUGAACUUAUUCUGGUGGAUCUCGGCGCAGAACGCUUGCUUGAAGCGGUACAUGGCGGCGGGGUGGGUUGGCAUUGAGCAGGAGUGCUAUGCUUAA